AUGAGCUUCUUCCUCAGGCAGAUCUGGACCUUGACGGUCAAGAAUCUGCUCAUUGCGCUCGUUCGACAUCCUUUCUCGACUCCAUUCCGUGCCUUUCUUUUACCUGUCAUAUUCGUGGGCUUCCUGUCAUACGCCCGAAAUCUCUUCCUGCCUCCUUCCAACUACGGCAUCGGCCAACAAAAUGCAAUACGAUCGCUUGCAGAUGCCCUCAAUGCUGCGCCUGGCGGCAGAGACCGACUAGCCCUAGUGAAUGGUGGUUUCACGGGCGGAGACAUUGAAGCCGUCAUCAAUGAUAUUGAAUCACAGACAAGUGGCUGGGGUGGUCAGCUAAUGGUACUUGAACAAGAGGCGGACUUGCUGACUGAAUGCCGCAACACCAUCCGGGGAACAUCCAGCUGCUUUGCCGGUGUGGUUUUCUUCUCCUCCCCAGAUGAAGGAGCAGCUGGCCAAUGGAACUAUAGUCUACGCGCUGAUGGCGCUUUGCAGCAGGGCAUCGACGUCAAGUCAGACAGCAACGAUGUACAGCGCAUAUUGCUACCUGUUCAACAUGCUGUCGACAGCGCAAUCGCACGUGUCACUAACGGCACAAGCAUUCCAGGCAGGGUCGAAGAAUAUCCCUACACAGACAUCACCCAAGAGGAACGCGACGAGGAGAUUCGCAUCCGUUAUAUGGGCGGUAUCAUUAACGUUCUGGCGGUCGCAUUCUUCAUUGGAAUAGUUCUGGUGACCUAUCAACUCACAGGUCUCGUCGCAACUGAGCGCGAGAUAGGCAUGGCGCAGCUAUUGGACUCCAUGAUGCCAAAUCCACGCCGAUGGCAGCCUCAAAUGGCCCGGAUCAUUGCCAAUCACCUGGCCUUUGAUAUUAUCUACGCGCCUGGGUGGAUUGUCAUGGCGAUCAUUUUGGCAGGUGGUGUUUUCGCGAAGACAAAUGCCGGCAUCGUGGUAAUCGCCAACAUCCUGGGCGGUCUAUCCGUCUCCUCGAUGAGUCUUCUGGGCGCCUCGCUGUUCAGAAAGGCUCAACUCAGCGGUAUUUCUCUAGUCAUUGUUGCAAUGCUUCUUGCCGUCGUUGCACAAGUUGCUGGCAAGGCCAGUACUGGCGCGGUGGCCAUUCUGUCGCUUCUCUUCCCACCCUUCACCUACGUCAAUUUCAUCAUUGUCAUGGCGAGGUGGGAGCGUGAGAAUCAAGGCACCAAUAUGGUUGAAUCCGCUCCGAACAAUCCCUCAACACUGCCUGGCAUCGCCUUUUGGGUCUUUUUUAUCAUCCAAAUUCUGGUCUUCCCAUUGGCUGGAGCCUGGCUCGAACGAUUCCUAUACGGCACAGCGUCGAAGGAGCGGCAGACUAUAAUUUCCGACAGCUCAACGGCUGUGGCCCUUAAUGGCUUCACAAAACGCUACCCCCCUACUGUCGCGACAAGACUCUGGGGUCAGGUCACCCGGAGGCCUGCUGACCCUGUGGUGGCGGUUAACGAAUUGAAUCUCGAAGCUAGGCGUGGUGAGAUUCUCGUGCUUCUGGGUGCCAAUGGCUCAGGGAAAUCAACCACACUUGAUUCCAUUGCCGGCCUGAACUCGAUCUCCAGUGGCUCCAUUACGAUCAACUACUCUGAAGCAAAGGAUGGUCUCGGUCUCUGUCCCCAGAAGAACGUCUUGUGGGACAAUCUCACAGUUGAGGAGCAUAUUCGAAUUUUCAACAAGAUCAAGAGCACUGUCGUCUCUCCUAGAGAAGAGAACAGAUCACUGUUAGAUUCGUGCGACAUCUUGAAGAAGCUCAAGGCGAGGGCUAAGACGCUGUCAGGCGGCCAGAAGAGAAAGCUACAGCUUGCUAUGAUGUUUACCGGCGGCUCAAGUGUCUGCUGCGUUGACGAAGUAUCAUCAGGAAUUGAUCCUUUGUCAAGGCGCAAGAUCUGGGACAUUCUACUUACUGAGCGGGGCCGCCGGACCAUUAUCUUGACCACCCACUUCUUGGAUGAAGCUGAUCUGCUAGCUGAUCAAAUCGCCAUCCUGUCCAAGGGCAAUCUCAAGGCUGCUGGAACCUCGGUAGCACUGAAGAAUGACCUUGGCUCCGGUUAUCGAGUUCACGUGUACAAAACACUGGGCGAAAAGGAACCUCGACUGUACGAAGAAUACUCACAUGCACGUCACGAUGAGCAGACCACGUACCUGCUACCUUCAUCUGCCGAGACGGCCAAAUUCCUCGGGCGUCUUGAAGCUGAUGGUGCGACUGAGUACCAAGUCAGCGGCCCCACGAUCGAAGACGUCUUCUUGAAGCUGGCCGACGAGGUCAAGACGAACCAGGAUGAGUUUUCUGCAAACCUAAGUCGCGACAGCAACGACGAGCAGCCUGGUAAAAGUACCAAUGUUGUCGUUCACGAAAGUAAGCCUGAGACACCCGAGCUUCUCCCUGGCCACCGAAUUGGUAUGCUGCAGCAGUUGUGGGUGCUUUUCCUGAAGCGGGUGACGAUCUUGCGGCGAAACAUGCUUCCAUAUACCGCUGCGCUACUGAUUCCAAUAAUUGCUGCCGGCCUCGUCACUCUCUUCAUGAAUGAUUACGAGCGGCCCGGAUGUGACCCAAGAUCUACUGCGCUGUCUUUCGACAGUUCUUCGUUGUCCUCUGAGGGCGACUAUGAGAUUCUAUUAGGCCCUUCAGCUGCCAUCACUCCGAGUCUGCUUCAGACGUAUGUCCAAUCGUUUGGCGGUUCCAGCAGCGAAAACUCUCAAGAGAAUGCCACGCAACUGCAGAGCUCCGUCCGGCUAGCUGACGACAUUUCCGAGUUCAACGACUAUAUCAACUCCCACUAUAGAAAUGUCACUCCUGGAGGAUUGUGGCUUGGCGAUGAAUCGUCAUCCCCAACGUUUGCUUGGAGAGGCAACGGAGGCGUGUUCUUCUCGACAAUCACGCAGAAUGCGCUGGAUAUCUUCCUGUCCAACGUUACUAUCACCAUGCAAUAUCAGCCCUUUGAUGUUCCCUGGCCGUCCGACGUUGGCGACGCCCUCCAGCUAGUCACCUACUUCGGCCUGGCUAUGUCGGUCUAUCCCGCCUUCUUUGGACUCUAUGUCACCGUCGAGCGGCUUCGCAACGUCCGAGGUCUCCAUUACAGCAAUGGGGUGCGCUCCGCACCUCUUUGGGCGGCCUAUACCAUGUUCGAUUUUGUCAUCGUCCUCGUAUCGAGCGCCAUCUCUGUCAUCAUCUUCCAAGCUGUGUCCAAUGCUUGGUACCACAUCGGCUAUCUGUUUCUGGUCUUCAUCCUCUACGGACUCGCGUCAUCAUUAUUGUCCUAUACCAUCUCCCUCAUCUCAGCUAGUCAGCUUGCUGCAUUUGCGUGGGCAGCUGGCGGACAGUGCGUUUUAUUCUUGUUGUACUUCAUCGCGUUUAUGUCGGUGUUGACAUACGCACCAACCGAGCGCGUUGACGAAUUGCUCAACGUCUGCCAUUUCACCAUCGCAGCUAUCUCACCAGUGGCCAAUCUUACUAGAGCUAUGUUUGUAGCUCUCAACAUUUUUAGCGUUACCUGUGUGGGUUACGAGGAGCAAUCCAAUCCAGGGGCAAUGACGGCUUUCGGUGGACCUAUCACUUACCUGAUCCUCCAGUCGAUCAUCUUGUUUGGCCUGCUGCUACUGUGGGACUCAGGAUCGCCACUUCGACGGUUUCGCAAUAAGCAGAAGGCCUCCGAGGUGGAAGACAAGGACACGUUCGAAGCCGAGGUCAGCAAGGAGCUGACUCGCGUCACUUCUAGUCGCGAUGGCUUGCGUGUGCUCAACAUUACCAAACGUUUCAAGAAGAAUUUAGCUGUCAACAACGUCACCUUCGGCGUACCGAAGUCAGAGGUGUUUGCCCUCUUGGGACCAAAUGGCGCCGGCAAAUCAACAUUGAUCUCGCUCAUUCGUGGUGAUAUUCAGCCUUCUCAGCGAGGUGGCGAUAUCUUUGUCCAAGAUAUCAGCAUCCUGCGCUCCCGUGCCGCGGCUCGCUCCAAGCUUGGUGUAUGUCCACAAUUCGAUGCGAUGGAUCGCAUGACGGUCACCGAGCACCUCCAAUUCUAUGCCAAAAUCCGUGGGGUGGAGCGACCAGCUCACAACGUUAACGCUGUGAUGCAAGCGGUGGGCCUGACCCAGUACGCCGAUCGAAUGGCCGAGAAGCUGUCUGGUGGCAACCAGCGGAAACUGUCACUAGGCAUCGCUUUGAUGGGCAAUCCUUCAGUGCUGCUGCUCGAUGAGCCAUCAUCAGGCAUGGACGCUGCCAGUAAGAGAGUCAUGUGGCGGACUCUGGCCUCGGUCGUGCCUGGGCGGUCCCUCGUCCUCACCACGCACUCGAUGGAAGAGGCGGACGCCCUGGCAAAUCGCGCCGGCAUAUUAUCAUCGAAGAUGCUGGCUCUUGGCACCACCGACUACCUGCGCCGCAAGCACGGUGACGCAUACUACGUUCACGUCGUUCACAAGAAUGCUCCUCACUGCAGCGACGAUGAGAUGAGGGGUAUGCGAGACUUUGUGCAGGAACGUUUCCCGGAUGCGAGGGUGGAGAGGGAAACGUACGGUGGACAAAUGCGCUUCACCCUUCCGUUACAACCCGAAGCGCAAGUGAAGGGCGGAGCCAUCACAGAAGCUACCAGCAACGUCGCGACUCUAUUCGGAGCGCUCGAGGAGAAGAGCGAGCAGCUCGGCGUCGCGUACUAUAGCGUCAGCCGGGCGACGCUGGACCAGGUCUUCUUGAGCAUUGUGGGCAAGCACAAUGUUGAGGAAGAAGGCGCGGCGAAGGAAGGCGAGGGAGGGGUCAAGCAUCGGAGGUGGUUGAAGCCCUGGACAGUGUUGCCUUGCAUUGCUUGA